AUGCUAAAGUCCGAAUUUCAGCACCAAUUUUGGGUGACAAAGAAAGCGGUACAAAGGAAAUUAGGCAGCAAGGAAGAUGAAAACAUUGUGGCAUCCGAUGGGGAGCUGGAUUCGAAGAUAGAACUUUUCCGUUCGGUGGCAGAAAGUUGCAGCAAACUGUACCGCAUAAUCGAUCAGUAUCAGGAACGUGUAUGCAUACUGGCGCAGGAGGAGAACUCAUUGGGGAAAUUUUUGCGCGAAGUUAGCAAGGAAAGUCCCACCACCGGCAAGAUGAUGUCCACCACCGGAAAAGCGAUUUCAUACUGUGGCCAGCAACGUAUUGCCAUUCGAGUCCCACUGCUGCGCCUACACCACGACGUACACACGUUCAAGGGACGGGCCAUUGCCGACACACACCAUACGAUACAGCUGAUGGAAAAGGAACGCACCGAGUACCGGGCGGCACUGAGCUGGAUGAAGUCCGUCAGCAUUCAGCUGGAUCCCGACACUGGCCGAGGGUUGGAAAAGUUUCGCAAAGCCCAACGGCACGUCAAGUCAGCCAAAACCAAGUUCGACAAGUACACGCUGGACUGUUUGGAGAAGAUUGAUCUUCUGGCAGCGGCAAGGUGCAAUAUGUUUUCGCAUGCACUCGUAGGUUAUCAGAAUGCCAUCCUGCAGUUUGCGAAAAAGACGGACGAAACCUACAGGAACACGCUCAAGAACUUAGCUAAAGAUCCACACUAUAGUUUCUCCAUAUUGAAGGAAUUGACGCAAGCAAACCCCAACGAGGAAGAGAAGGAUGGCGCAUCCGGGGAGCAACAGCUUGUUGAAACCCAACCCGACGAAGUACCAGCCGAUGACGAUCAGAUGCUAUUCUUCAAGGACGAUUACAUGGAUGACGUGGGGACAAAGGUGGCAGAGCAGCAGAAUAUCACCAAACAAAACGUCCUAAAGGACGUCGCAUUAGAAAUCGAUGCGCUUCUUUCGGGUGUUCCGGAACUUAGUGCGAAGGAUGGACCGACGACGAAAUCGAACCAAAUGCAGAAUGACGCCGGGGCGGAUCUGCUCGGUCUUAGCUUGAAUGAUGAGUUUUCCGACUUCAUGUCGGCUCCGGCACCAUUUUUGCCUUCGACGCUGCUGACGAACUGCACCCUUACCGACGAGGGUGGGUUUGAUUUUGCCGCCAGCCUGUCCGGGUGUGUUGAACCGAUGCAGCAAGAGCUUCAACAGCACGACCUGGAACGGAUCGGCACGAACGGUGGUAAAUCGUCCGAAAAAGCGACCGACAUCUUUAGCACCUUGUUACAAUCGUUUUCCAAGCAGGGACACUCCACUGGAACCACAGGAAACAAUGCCGAUACCGGUUUAGCUGCAAUGAAACAUGGCAAGUUGAACAAUAGCAACAGCAGCAGUAGCAAAUCAACGGGUAAAGAUCUUAGCGGAUGGUAUCAACUAUUUGCCGAACUAGAUCCACUCUCCAAUCCGGACGCAAUACCGUCGAAAACGGAUGCACCCAACAAUAGUAUGGCCGCUUGA